CUUGACCUUGUCUAGUCUCCCACUCGUUUCCUUUUCCCAAUAUAAAAACCCAAAUCUCUCAUCCCCAUUUUCAGCUUGGCCCUCAAAUUUCCCCAAGCUUCACAAACCACAACACCGUCUCCGUCACCGUUACCUAACCCCCACCACCAUUAACGGCAUCCUAACAGAACCCAAAACAUGCAGUCGUUAGCUCCAUCCUCCACAAUUAACAUCAAAUCCAUACUCCGUACACCGUCUCCAUCUCCGUCACCGUCACUGUUCCGUAACCACCGCCUCACUUUCACCGUUAACUCAGCCGCACGCCGUUUCGACUCAGCUCCAAACACCGGUUCAAUCACCAAUCCCGCCGUGCCUCCGUCUGCUCCGCCACCACCGGCGGCUCCGGUAACUCCGGCGACCGGUGGCGUCGGAAAGAGCCGAGCCGACUGGCAAAGCUCAUGCGCAAUUCUCGCAAGCAAAGUCGUCUCACAACAACAAAACACCGAGAAAACCGGCGGAGCCGAUAACAUAACCGUCGUAAACGGUCACAAAACCCUAGAUCUAGUACCGGUUGAGAAAAUACCUAAAGCGUUAACAAUCACCGACUUAUCUCCAGCUCCGAUGCACGGCUCCACUCUCCGAGUAGCCUACCAAGGCGUCCCCGGCGCGUACAGCGAAGCCGCUGCCGGAAAAGCUUAUCCGGAUUGUGAAGCGAUUCCGUGUGAUCAAUUUGAAGUCGCAUUUCAGGCGGUUGAGCUUUGGAUUGCAGAUCGAGCGGUUUUACCGGUUGAAAACUCUCUCGGCGGUAGUAUUCACCGGAAUUAUGACCUACUCCUCCGUCACCGGUUGCAUAUCGUCGGAGAAGUUCAACUUCCGGUGCAUCACUGUCUGUUAGCAUUACCAGGAGUUCGUAAAGAAUUCAUUAACCGAGUUAUAAGUCAUCCACAAGCUUUAGCUCAGUGCGAGUUAACUCUAACGAAACUCGGAUUAACCGUCACACGCGAGGCGGUUGACGAUACAGCUGGCGCCGCGGAGUUUGUUUCCGCGAACAAACUCCGCGACACCGCGGCGAUUGCGUCAGCACGCGCGGCAGAGCUGUAUAACCUGAACAUCCUGGCGGACGGAAUCCAGGAUGAUUCGAGUAACAUUACUCGGUUCGUGAUGCUGGCUCGCGAACCGAUAAUUCCGCGGACGGAUCGCCCGUUUAAAACGAGCAUCGUGUUCGCGCACGAUAAAGGAACAUCCGUACUGUUUAAAGUGUUGUCCGCGUUUGCGUUUAGGAAUAUUAGUUUGACGAAGAUUGAGAGCCGGCCGCAUCGGAACCGGCCGAUUCGGCUUGUGGAUGAUGCGAAUGUUGGGACUGCUAAGCAUUUUGAGUACAUGUUUUAUGUGGAUUUUGAAGCUUCAAUGGCGGAUGUUAGGGCUCAGAAUGCACUUGCGGAGGUUCAAGAGUUUACGAGUUUCUUGAGGGUGUUAGGUAGUUACCCCAUGGAUAUGACGCCUUGGUCCCCUUCUAGGGGGGAUUGAUUAGUGGAGUUGUGACGUUAUUGGAUCCUUAUGAUGUAUAUUUUAUGUUUUUAAAAAGGUUUAAAGUGAAGGUUAAAGGUUUGAAGUUUGAAGUUUUAAGUUUGAACCCCUCUUGUUAUAAGUUUAGGGUUAUUGUUUUGUGUAAUUUUUUGGGGGUUUAUAAUACAUGAUUGUUGUUUAAUUUGCGGUUCA